AUGUCUUCGAGAAGAACGAUAUUUCCAAUUACCACGCCCGCUGUGAAUGAAUGCCAGCUCGCGAACGCCAUCAAGAUGGCUCGGGCGAUUAAAUUCCCACUGGAAGUUUUCCCGGAGCCAAUAACUGAAUGGCUGAUGGCAUUGGCAUUUUCCGUGAACACACGGCCAGAAUUCAUAUUGAUUGCGGCUAUUUCGGUUGUGUCCACUUUGAUGGGUCCGAAAACUAAAUUAAAGAUUCGGAACCGUUAUCGGGAGCCGUGCAAUCUGUUUACCGUGUGUUUGAGUGAACCUGGGGCCGGAAAAUCGCAAGCGUUUGAGAUUGCUGUGGAGAGUCCAAUCCGCGCGUUGAAGGAGCCAGCUCAUUCGAUGGUCAUCCAUGACUUCACGCGGAAAGGACUCUUCCAGCACCUCGUCUCUCACGAUGGUAGAGCUCUAUUGGCUCAUUCUGAAAUGAGUUCGUUUUACGAAUUCAUUUUGAAGAAGCAACAAGAGGGCUCAGGUGAGAGACAGUUAUUUUGCAGGCUUUACGAUGGCAUUGCUGAAUGGGCACUAACAAGUGCGUGCACGAAUAACAGCAGUUCCGCUGGUAAAGUCGAGAAACGGGAGCGGCGUGAGGUCCUUCUAGAAAGCACUUUGGCCCUUGGUGGGUUCACUCAGCCCGAACCAUUUCUGCAGCUGUUUAAACCCCUAGCCAAAACCAAGGAUGGGUUUCUUGAUAGAAUUUUGAUAUGUUCAAUAAAACCUCGCUUGUUACUCGAAGAAGAAGUGGAACAAUGGUGUGAAAAACUGGAAGAAUACACUACACAAGAGUUCUCCGGCGUAUAUAAGACAAUAUUCGACAAGCAUGAGAACGGUGUCGAGUAUUGUUACUCACCUGAGGCAAAAGAGAAGUAUACUGAGUACGCCAAUAAUCUCUCCAAGAAUAUGAAUGCCCAGUGGGAUGAAGAAAGCAUUUGUACGGAGAACUUUUCCAAGGACAAAAAAAAUUUUAUAAGGAUAUCAUGCGUUCUCCACGUCCUCUUGUCUGUCCUCAGUCAUUUUAUUGACAAUGAGAAAGACGGCGAAGAAUGUGAUAUUGAAAAGGAGAUUCCGCGAAACAUAUUAAGUAUUGCAGAGGCAGUCAUGGAAUAUUUUGGAGAUCAGCGAAAGGCCUUUAUGACGUUGAUAAAACCUGUUUCCAAGGAAAACUCCCGUUCAUCAUCAACAAUUCCGGAUGAUACAGGAUCAUCGUCUUCCAGCGAAAUCAUAAAUGCAUUCGGGCAGUGGUUUGUGGGCAGGUGUAAAGACUAUUCCGAAGAAUGUAUCAGUAAAUUUGCCAGAGAAAAGAAAAAGGCGGGUGAUAAGGAGCCUAGCAGUAUCGCUAUACGGAUAGAAAGCAUUCCGGACGAUGGUGGUCAGCCAAUCAUAGUAGACAAAAGCGAACUAAAAAAAGCAGUCGUGAAAGAAGGAGGGCAGGAUCGAGACACAUCUUAUUUCUUAAAUCAGGACGGAAAAAAACAAAAGGCUGGUUGUUUGUCAAUUCCAUUGGCAUCGUUCACAGCACCCCUGAAGCACCAGGUGUUACAAGUUGGUAUUUUAAAGUACGUUUAA